AUGAGAAUCUCGGGAUUUACAGGAGUGCUAUUAUAUGGAGGAGUGGUACUAUCCACAGAGGCAGUGACCCCUCCAAAAGGCGCUAUCACACCAUUCUCCCCAGGGAAUUCCGGUGUAACCCCCACAGAAGGCCCGUUUGCGCGGGUAGAGAGUCGGGCAGUGAAACUGCAGGAAAGAGUGGGCUUAUACUCGAAAAGUGGAGAGUUCCAAGACGAGAAAGAUGCUAAAUCAAUGCAAGAGCAAGUUCAGACCUUUCUUUCCAACGUAAGAAAUUUCGAUAAUUUGUUCAAGCAAGGUAUAGCUGAUAUUUUAUCACUGAAGAAGGACCAGACAUCAAAGUGGAAUCUUGUCUCUAGAACUCUGCAGAGUGGGUUUACGGGCAGAUUAAUUGGAAGAGGCCAUAAGUUUGACUCUAGCAACUUAUCCCCGCAGGAGAAGAAGGAGUCACUGGAGUACACGAACUUUCUGAACACUCUCAAGCGAAUUAUUUCCCUCACAGAAAGCACGAAAACUGUCUUUCAAAAGGUAGGAGAGUACUGUAAAGAGGAAAUGCCAAAAAACGCUUUCUUUAUUAGGCAAAGUAUUUCCAGCCUCCUUAACAAAGAGUAUAUUCUUGGCAUUUUGGAGAAUAUUGGGGCAGGAAAAAGCCAGCCUGACUGUUUUAAGAAUGUUCUGAGCGAGCCCAAAAGCGUAUACUCUGAGAUUAUUCUGGAGACUUUCAACCUCCAGAAGAUGCUAAACAAGAAGUUCACGCCGGCAGAGUCUGUCUUGCAGGCAGAUGCUAUCUUUGAGACUCUCCUGGAUACUUUUCUUGUCCAUGAGUACCGUAUCAUACAGGAAGUCUACAAGAAAGACUCCUCUCCAGCAAAGAUGGAGUAUCUAAGUCCCAUUUGGAAAGUACUGAUCCAGGAGAUAAAUACGCUGGAAGAUCAUGCUAUUAUCCAUAAGGAGGGCAGAGAGAAGGUUGUAUCCCGAAUUAUGAACUGUCUUGACGCUCUAAGCAGGCACAUGCUAAAGAUUCAUCCUGUUCUCAGCGGAAUAAUUGAUCCAACCAGCGAGAAAAAAGGCAUUUCCACACUUUCCCUGCUUGAAGACCAAACUUUGGGGAAUCUAGAGAUGAAUAGCCCAGACUUGGAUGAAGUCGCGAUAGGAAAGUGGCUGGGCAUUCGAGGGGAUGCCUCGUAUAUGGAGGGAAUAGCAUCUUCUGUGUCAAAAAAAACUGGUUCCGCACUCGAAACAAUAACUUCCCGUCUCCCGAGACUAUUCUGGGAUAACUCUGCGGCCUGGGAAAAGUCUCUUCUCGAGGGAAUUCCUGCAAGUCUCGCGGAUAAAAAGAGGGAAGAUCUGAAGAGUUUGGAGGUGGUUCUGAAAAACUCAGUGAAGAUUCUUCAGGUACUUUCCAACUAUUUGGUGCAAGAGUACACUGUCGUAUCCCAAACUCCAGUACUAGCUUCAUAUGAGAAUGAGCCGAAUUCAUCUUUGGAUAAAGCCAAGGAAGCAAUAGAAAUACUCCAGGGAUUUCCCACUUUCGCGUGCUACUUGGAGAAGGCGAAUUUUCUAAGAAGAGAGAAUACGCCUGGAAGGAUAUUCUGUCCCGAAUUCAUGAGAUUGGCAGUCAAUGAAGUACAACAGUUUCAGAUGUUUGUGAAUAGAAAAACGAUCAAUCCAAUGUACAUCUCCUUUUUAAUGCAGAAAACAAUGUCCACUUCCAUUAUAGAGCAUCUCCUUUGUACCGCUGUAUAUCUAUGCGAGGAUGCUGCCGAAUCCCUGAACUUUCUUCCUAAGACGGGGAAAAAGGAGGAAUUUCUCUCUCUGAAGGGGGAACUGGAGAAGAUGAAGGAUGCAGUUGAGUCUCUUUCCCCGCGUAGCAGUGUGAAUAUGUCUGCUCUAUCUAAAGAUGUUAUUUCCAGCCUGAAAACAUUAGAAAUAGGCCUAGAGAAGAUCACCGUUAUAGAUGGAUUUGAUCUAUUUUAUCGGUCUAUGUGGAAUAUAAGGAAUUUCCACAGUAUAGUGUGCCUCCUUCAAAUGCACUCCUCAGAUCCCAGCCUGUUUACUCCGUAUGCAGAGAUAAAGGUUGGGGAGAGACUCGAGUCUAUAUCGAAUUCCUGCACAAAAGCAGAUCUUGCAAUAAGGGAUUUAGAUGAACAGGCGGACAAACUAGAGAAGACAUUGGACGAGAUGUUGUCGAAAGUAGUUCCUACUGCGCCUCCUCUGGAGAUAUGCGAUGCCUCCAGCGAAGAAGAUCCUAGCCCGGGAUCUGAGAACAAAUCACCUCUCCGGAAUCCGGAUAGAAGAUGGCUGCCCGUUCUUGAAAUAGAAGAAUCAUCUGACACAGACUUUUCGCCGAGCAAGAAGGAGUUAAAGGGAAAGGCCAUUUUCGUCUUCUGUGGGAUUGCUGUUGCAGUUGGAGGGACUCUGGGCUUUUUCCUGUGGAGAAUGAAGAGGAAGACUCGAGGAGUCUUUUUCAAAUAA